ACAUUCUUCAGCAUUCAGCGGCUCUCGGCUCUGUACGCCCUUGCCUCUCAAAUCAAUGAUCUAGCAGCGAUGUGCUGAAAUACCGGAUAAGUAUUAAACAAACGGGGGAAAAAAAGAAAUCAACUUGCACAGAUAGGCUGUAGGGGUAAAUGAUCUGUUCGCGAAAAGCAGCGUGAAGACGUCUCCUCGCUCUCCCGUUCGCGCUCGGUGACCAUGGAUAUGUUCAUGAAAGGGUUGUCUAAAGCCAAAGAUGGGGUGGUAGCGGCCGCAGAGAAAACAAAGCAAGGAGUGGCAGAGGCGGCAGGAAAGACGAAGGAUGGGGUACUUUAUGUAGGUUCGAAGACUAAAGAAGGUGUAUUUCACGGAGUGUCUUCAGUGGCUGAGAAGACCAAGGAACAAGCAUCUCUGGUUGGAGGAGCCAUGGUGACUGGAAUGUCCACAGUCGCUCAGAAGACAGUGGAAGGAGCUGGAAACAUAGCAGCAGCCACUGGACUGGUGAAGAAGGAGCAACUCGUGAAGCAGGAUGAAGAUUUCUUCCCACAGGAGGGUGUUAUGGAUCGCACAGAAACAUUGCAGAUGGACCCUGAUGCUGAGGCCUAUGGUGCAGUUCCUGGGGAUGAAUAUCAAGAAUAUGAGCCUGAAGCGUGAGUAUCAACAGAAUGGGCACACACACCAAGAACUGUUUUCCCCCACUACUCUUUUACCAUGUGGAAGUUCUUCAAUUCAAAUGUGACUAGUUGUAAAAUUCUUUUUCCAAGUGUAAGCUUGUUCACAGUGUACUUUAAAGUCUUUUAUUUGCUGUAAUCCAGAUUGUUGUGGCUUUGUUCAGGCCCCAACCUCAAGGUCCCUCCCACUGUGAUGAGGAUCUAGGGACAGGAGCCUCCUUAUUCUGUCAGUAUUGGGUUGGAAAUCCAUCCUCAGUCACUUGCAUUAAACAUGCUGCCAUUUAGCAGCUGCACGCACUCUUCCAAAAUUUGGUUCUGCUGAACAGGAUUUUGAAGUGGAACUUAGAGUACCUCUAUACUUAUAGCACACAGCUGAGGAUGAGUUUAUACCCCACUAGUUUUGAAGUUCAAUAUUAUGACAUUGUUUACUGCUUUCCAAUCUAUAAACAAAGAAACUUAUGUGAGUGUGUGAGUGCAUGUGUUUGUAUGUCCGUGCGAGUGUUUGAAUGCAUGUGCGUGUGUGUCUUUGUUUAUGUGUGUGUAACGUUGUGUAACCUAUUUAUUGCUGUGUUUUCCAUGUCAGAUGGCUCUGUUGCUGAGAACUUUGUCUGGUGUACAAUGUUUGCAAUAGCCAGCAUGGAGCUAUGCACAUGAGUAUCAACUGUGACACUGAAAAUCAGUUUGUGCUGGUGUUUUGAUGAGUGUAUAUAAAUAUCUGGUGUUUCUGUGAAACCAAUUAAAUGGAAUGUACAACA